CUAAAUUUUAUCGGCGUAGUCAUCUCAAGAAAAUUAGGUAUGAAGGUGCGUUUGCGUAAAAGUGAAUCGUGAAUCCAACUGACGAACCAACCGCUUUCUGGUUGUUCGAUUUGUUCUGUUUUUUCUCAGAACAUAACAUGACAUUGAAUCGUAUCGUAAACAACACCACGUGGAACUAGGCUCAAUGUUUGUUAGUAAAUUUACGUUCAAGUGAAGUGUCCAUCCAUAUGUGUUAUGUAAAAGUUUGGUUUACGACAUACGAGCGACCCACUGACACAACGCGAACCGCAAACAUUUAUGAUAGACUUUUCGAAGGUUGAAUUAAAAUUGAAGUGUUGUUUUGCAGUUUGUUUACAUGUUUAACGGGUUUGAUAACGGUUCAAGAUUAGUAUAUUGUGAUUAUUUAUUAUUCUAAAUGAAAAUGGACAGUUUAAAUGCAGAAACGGGGUCUACAGGAGCUGAGGAUAGCAGUGAAAGUGACGAAAUACAAGAAACGAAGAAAAUGAGCACAAGAGACAUUGGAAUACGGUUCGCGAAAAGAGCAGCCUUGUUCUUCCUGGGUUACGCCAUAUGUUACUUAAAUUUUUCGUUAAUAUUGCCAUUACUGACCAUUUGUACGUUAGUAUGGUUCGAGACGCAAGACAAAAAUAAAAUGAGGAAAAUUUCGAGCAAAUCAAAAGUCAGUUCGUUCAGGAAGAAAGAUUUGCUGAAAGUCGUGGACGAAUUACCAUCAUGGGUCACAUUUCCAGACCGAGAACGUGCAGAAUGGCUAAACGAAAUAAUAAUACAAAUCUGGCCCAGCAUUUGUCUGUACAUAGUCAAGCUAUGUAGAACGAAGUUACAAACUAAAAUUAAGAAAAAAUUUGACAGUUUCAGAUUCGAAGAAAUCGAUUUUGGAAAAUCGCCCCCCAAAAUAGACGGAGUUAAAGUUUAUAAUAGAAGCAUCACUAAGGAUUCUAUAAUUAUAGAUUUUGACGUUUAUUAUGAUGGUGACUGUGAUAUACAUUUUUCCAUGUCAGGAGCACAAAUAGGACGCAUAAAAGAUUUCCAAGUUGGUGCCGAGUUGAGACUAGUCCUCAAACCACUAAUGAUAAAAAUGCCUAUAAUCGGAGGAAUACAAAUUUUCUUUCUGAAUACGCCAGAUAUAAAUUUCGAAUUAGAUGGAAUUUCAGGAAUCCCCGGUUUUAGCUAUUUUAUUAGACAAAAAAUCGAAGAAAGGAUCACAAAGAAAUUGGUGUUCCCUAACAAGAUUACUAAAAGAUUUUCCAAAUCUGUUGAGGCUGCUGAACUAAAGGCAUUGGAACCUGCCGGUGUUUUGAGGGUACACGUUUUCGAAGCCAAGGACUUAGAAAGGAAGGAUGUCACUGGUAAAUCUGAUCCGUACGUGAUAUUAACAGUUGGCGCACAAGAAUGCAGAACUCCUGUCAUUAAGAGAGAACUGAAUCCAAAAUGGGAUUACUGGUGUGAGUUCGUUAUUUUGGAUCCACUGGGGCAGCACUUGCAUUUUAAAAUGUUUGACCAGGAUGAUUUAAACGAAGAUGAUUUUAUGGGAAGCGGCGUCAUCGAAAUACAUCAUGUAGUAAAAGAAGGUGAAAACGACAAAUGGUUUAAUUUGGAUAACGCCAAGCAUGGCAAAAUCCAUUUAAGAUUCUCAUGGCUGGGUCUGUCAGCUGAUAGGGAAGAUCUGAAUGCGGCAUCUGUAGAAACUAAAUUAUUAAAGGUAGCUGAUAUAAGUAUGGGGCUUCUUACCAUUUAUCUGGAUACAGCCCAAGACCUACAGAGGGUGAAAUCUAAAAAACCAGAUCCAUACGCGCUCCUCACGGUUGGUAAGAAGCAGCAAAAGAGCAAAGUGAAGAAACACACGUGCGAUCCAAUGUGGGAGCAAGGAUUCUCAAUAUUGGUUUCGAAUCCACAAACCGACACUCUAAAUCUUGCAAUAUUCGACAAGGGAAGCGAUACCAAAUUGGGGUUCCUCAAUUACGUCAUCCAAGAUUUGUUCACAGCACCUGAUUUACAAAUAAGCAAAGAAGAAUUCUCCGUCGGUAAUGGCAGCGGGAAAAUUGUACUUUCCCUUCAACUUAGAAUUUUAACAAAUGACCAAUUCGAAUUAGAUGAUAGUGAUACAGAAUCUGACAAUGAAACUGUAGGGACUUUAUCUAGAAACCAAUCUACGAGGUCGUCUUCAAAGAGGCACAGAACAGUUUCUGCCUCAAGUAACGCGAGUAACAGUAGUCCACCACCGAAAUCUCCCACUUCUCCCACAAAUCCCACAUUUGGAGAUUUAAUCGAAGAAGAACUGGCUAAGGAAUCGUCAGUCCUAUCCAAUAAUUCUCCAGUGAGGAGUUCUAGCUUUAGAGUAAAACACGAGCUGGGCCAAAUGGAAUUGACCCUUCAGUAUAGCGCCCCGAGGCAAAAGUUGAUCGUUACCGUCCACAAACUCAUAAACAUACCAUUGAAAGAUCCCAGCAACAUACCAGACCCCUACGUCAAAUUAAAAUUAACGGCUCCAGGGACCCAUCGAAUAAAAAACAAAACAAAAGUCAUUAUGGACAACUGCGAUCCCGUUUUUGAAGAAACUUUCGAAUACCUCAUCUCAAAUUCAGAUCUUCCGAACUACAAAUUGGUGUUGACUGUGAAGAGCAAGAAAGUCUUCAACUCCUACAUAGUGGGACAAGUGAUAUUAAACUUAAAGAACUUCCAACACCUAGAGGACGCGUACCGCGAUUGGUACGACCUGUCACAAGCCGAAGAUUCCGACUAGCAUUGCUUAAAGUGUAUUAUUUCUUAAGUGUACUUCUAAGAUUGCCUUAUUAUUUUUUUAUAUACUGGUGCCUAUUUACCCAAUUUUAGAUAAAAAAAUGUAUUUUAAAAAAUAUAAAGUUCUUGUUUAA